CAUUCUCCUCUUGUUGUUCCGGCAACGAAAGUUGCCAUCUUUACGCCUUUGAAUCCCUGAAGAUCCUCUUGCAAAGAAGCCCGAGCUUUACCGAAACAAACCUAGGGCUUAAAGAGGAAAAAAAGAAAACAAAACACAACCAUGGAUUCCCUGUCAUCGGUUUCUCCAUCUAUAGUUUUACCUCCGACCAACCCCUUGCCGACGCAACGGCAGCAUCGUCCUCAAGUUUCUGUUUUCCCCUUAGCCCCGAAUACCCGUCUUCCUCGCUUGUCGUCUUUCUUUAGCAUGAAUUCUUGUAAAGGAAGACUGAGUCGAGUUGUUGAUUGUAAAUGCAAAUUUAACGGUGGGGAUAUGAGAGGAGGAGGAGAAGAAGAUGAUGAUGAUGGUGGUGAGAAAGAGGAGGUUGAAAGGGCGCUUCAUCUGGACGGUACGAUUCCAUCUACUUCCAGCGAGUUUCUGAAACGGGUUUCGUCUCGGGCGUAUGAUAUGAGGAGGCAUUUGCAGCAAACUUUUGAUAGUAGCAGUUAUGAUGUGUUGGAGGCAAAUCCAUGGAGAGACCCUUUGAAACCUGUAUACGUGCUAACUCACAAGGAAAACCAGUUGUGCACAAUGAAGACUCGAAGAAACCGCAGUGAAGUUGAAACGGAACUUGGGUUAUUGUUCUCUAAAGGAGCAAAGCGCAGUUCUGGACGUGGGAACAGAACUGAACAGCCUAGAUCUGGCACUAAGUUUGAGAUGCUGGUGGAGGAUGCUAGGGAAGGAGUACUUGUAUUCGAAGAUGAGAAUGAAGCUGCAAAAUAUUGUGACUUGAUGCAGGGAGGAUGUGAAGGUGUCGCCGAGAUCGAAGCCUCAUCGGUAUUUGAUCUUUGCCGGACAGUGAGGGUUCUUGUGGUUCUGUUCCGCAGGGGGAGAACACCUCCGCUACCUCAAAGCCUGGAGCUCAACCUCAAAGCUCGUAAACGUUCCCUGGAAGACCAAGAGAGCUUCAAAUAAAUUAAAUGUCAUACCCAAACAAAGUUAUUGUAUUUUAUUUAAAUAAAUAUUUAAUAUAUUCUUAUUUGUAUGUGAGCUGUAUAAAAAAACUGACAUUUAAAUCUGAAUAACUAGAAUAAAUUGGAAACGAA